AAAAAAACAGGAGGAACACCUCCAGACGUACAGCUGAUUGUGUCGUCACAUCCGCUGGAUUGUGCCCCCUGUGUCAACACGUGCAAUUAUGUCGAGAACCAGUAAACAAAAAAGAGCGAAAAGGCUUGGUCUCAACGGUAAAAAGAACAAAGAUGGCAAGCAGACUGAUUCUCAGACUAGCAGAAAGGGUCCAGGGUUGCCGGAGGUGUCACGCUUCAAAGAAAAUGCGCAGAGACAAGCUCUAAUUCGACAAAAAAGGCUUGACGAAAUCCGGGAGAAGCAGAAACUAUCCAGAGAAAGGGAGCACAUGAAAAGAAGGAGUUUGGACACUUUCCAGAGCGAUAUCCACCGACGGCAGCAGGCCUUUGAACAGAGGGAAGCGGAAAUGCUGAAUUUGGAGAAGCAUGUUAAUUUUGAGAAUGAAAAUUCAAGAAAGGCAUAUUACAGGGAAUUUAAGAAGGUAAUUGAAGCUGCUGAUGUAAUCCUGGAGGUCCUGGAUGCCCGUGAUCCUUUGGGCUGUCGCUGCCCCCAAGUGGAGCAGGCGGUGGUCCAGAGUGGCAUCAACAAGAAAAUUGUUCUGGUUCUCAACAAAAUUGAUCUUGUGUCUAAGGAUAUUGUUGAAAAAUGGAUCAAGUACCUUCGUAAUGAAUUUCCAACAGUGGCCUUCAAAGCUUCUACCCAACAGCAGAACAAAAACUUGAAACGCAGCAAUGUACCAGUCACUAAGGCCACAGCUGACCUUCUGGGCAGCAGUGCAUGUGUGGGUGCAGAAUGCUUGAUGAAACUCUUGGGAAAUUACUGUCGGAACCAGGACAUCAAGACACACAUCACUGUCGGCGUGGUUGGUUUUCCGAAUGUUGGGAAGAGUAGCUUGAUCAACAGUCUGAAGAGAGCCCGGGCAUGUAGUGUUGGAGCCACCCCAGGGGUCACAAAAUGCCUUCAGCAAGUGCACUUAGACAAACACAUCAAGCUUCUAGAUUGCCCUGGAAUAGUCAUGGCAACCUCGACUAGUGAUGCGGGCAUGAUUCUUCGGAACUGUGUGAAGAUUGAGCAACUUGUAGAUCCUUUACCAGCCAUUGAAGCAAUCCUGAGGCGCUGCAACAAGACACAGAUUAUGGAACAUUAUGGGGUUCCAGAUUUCCGUAGUCCUCUGGAAUUCCUGGCCUUGCUAGCACGACGUCAGGGAAAGCUGAAAAAGGGGGGGCUUCCAGACAAUGACAAGGCUGCCAAGAGUGUCCUCAUGGAUUGGACCACGGGUCGAAUCAGCUACUUCACGCAUCCUCCAGAGACGCACACGCUGCCUACCCAUGUCAGCGCUGAGAUCGUAGCAGAGAUGGGCAAGGCCUUCGAUUGGGAUGAGCUGGAGAAAGGAAAUGAUGAGGCACUUGCUGCAUUGGAUUCAACUGACGUUGAUAUGGGAUUCUGCAUGGCAACGACUGGUAUGACACAAGGCGCUCAGCCGGACAUGCCAGUUGAGGAAGAUGUCGACUGUUUGGAGGAUGGCAAAGCUGAAUCAAUGGAAGACGACCAGGAUCCAGAGUUUGGACCAAUGACGGUUGAGAUCAAAACACCUCUGGUUAAAAAUGAGACUUGUGUGGAGGGUGCAACCCCUAAGGCUGUAGACCUGAGAGACAUCCUUGAUGUGGAUCCUCUCCAACAAGGCCAGGCUCUGCUGGCAGCCAACAAGAAAAGGAAGAAACAGCAAAAGAGAUCAGACAAGAUUGCUGUAAAGCUUUCGGACACGCUAACAUCUGCCAUGAACACUUUUUGGGACAGCUGAUACAAUGACCAGCAAACAUCAACUGGACUUGGUUGUAUUCUGCUUGUAGUUCCUGUAUAAAUAUAAAAUUUUGUACGUGCUGUACAACUAUCAAGAGAAAUAAAUAUAUGAUCUGUUUCUGAA